AUGGCAACGUCCAGGGCCCAGAACCCUGAAGAUACAGCCAGAGGCAAUGGGAAGCUGGUGUUGCUUGGUAUCUGGGGCCUCUCUGCAGGGUCUCCAGCUGGAGGAUCUCUCUUCAUGCUCCAUCCUUGUCUUCAGGUGCCCACUUCCGGGGAUCAGGAAGCUGUGCCUGAGCAGUGGGGAAGUGCCAUAGGACAGCUGAUCGCCAAGUUAAUGAGCAUCUUCGGGAACCAGGAGUAGAAGGUUAUCAUCAUGGGACUGGACAAUGCGGGAAACACCAUUCUCUACCGGUUCUUGACCAAUGAGGUGGUCCAUACGUGUUCCACCAUUGGCAGCAACAUGGAGGAGAUCAUUUUGCAGAAGACCCACUUCCUCGUGUGGGACAUAGUGGGGCAGGAGGCUCUGAGCUUUAUCACCAACACCUAGGCGAGGAGGGCACCAGGGCUCCAAGGCAGCUCCUGCCAGUUCGUCAUCCUUGUGAUUGACAGCAUGGACCGGGAUCGGCUGCUGACUGCUUGAGAGGAGCUAUAUAAAAUGCUGGCCCAUGAGGCUCUGCGGGAUGCUUCAGUCCAUUUUGCCAAUAAGCAGGACGUGAAGGACUCUGUGAGGACGGUGGAGAUCUCCCAUUUCCUUCCUCUCAGGACCAGCAAAGGCCACUGUGCUCCUGUACCCUCACCGGGGAAGGGUUAGUGGCUGCCCCACCUGGAUCUCCAGGCCUGGCUGAACCAAUGGAUGACUGACCAUCAGAACCCUUCUUCUGCCUCUCUCCUGUGAGAAUCUGGCUCACAGUUGGCUCCUGGGCCAAGCCAAUUGGGCAUCUCCCCACAGGUGAGAUGUGGUGGGUAAGCCACGAGCAGACAGCAUCCCUGCUCUCAGGGGCUUGUU